CUUCAGGACAUGAGGAGCCCAAUAACAUACCAGGAGAUACCUCGGUGGACUUCGUCGAACUAUGAGCAGCUAGUAUAAGGGCCUCACCAUGGACCUGUACAAACUAGCUUUCCUCCUUGGAGCCCUGACCUGCACUGUUAGUGGUACUGAGGUGGACGGCUACGCCAAAACUGAAGGAGCAUGGAUGCUCUCGCUGCACAAAAGACAGUACCCAGCAAACACUGUGGCUGAGUGCGUCGCCAAAUGUGAUGCUGAAACAGCCUUCACAUGCAAGUCUUUCAUGUAUAUUGAAAAGGACCAGGAGUGUUGGACAGCAUUAUCAAACUCUAAAACCGAGUCUAUCCUACGCAGAAGCAGCGCAGCGUUAUAUGAAAAAAAAGAAUACCUCCUGGAGUGUGUAAAUGGAGUAGGAUCAGAUUACAGAGGAACAAAGUCUAAAUCAAAAACAGGAAAGAUAUGUCAAAGAUGGGCAGCAACAUACCCACACAGGCCUAACUUCACACCGGACGAACAUCCACGAGCAGACCUGGAGUCUAACCUCUGCAGAAACCCUGAUGCAGACAGCGGGGGACCCUGGUGUUACACCACCGACCCCAACACCCGCUGGGAACACUGCAAUGUACCCAGCUGCACUGAGGAGUGUAUACACUGCAGUGGCGAGGACUACAGAGGGAAAACCUCCACUACAGAAAACGGUUUCACCUGCCAACGCUGGGACUCCCAGAAACCUCACAACCAUGGCUACAUCCCCAGCGCUCUCCCAGAGAAGUAUCUUGAGGAGAACUACUGCAGAAACCCCGAUGGAGACCCCAAACCCUGGUGUUUCACCACCAGCCCAUCCAAACGAUGGGACUUCUGCUCCAUACCCCGCUGCACAUCCGAGGCUCCCACCAUCGUCCCAGAGCUCACCUGUGCCACCGGUGAAGGUGGAGCGUACCGAGGCACAAUCGCUGUGACGGAAUCCGGCAAAACGUGUCAGAGCUGGUCGACCCAGACGCCACAGAAACACAACCGCUCACCAGAUAACUACCCUUGCAGAGGACUGGAUAGCAACUACUGUCGUAACCCUGACAACGAAAGGAUGCCCUGGUGUUACACCACUGACUCAGAAACCCGCUGGGAGUACUGCAGGGUGCCGAGCUGUGGGGAUGCAGCCGGACCAGAUGAGCCAGUGAUCCCCCCAGAGGAGGAAGACUGUUACGAGGGGGACGGGACGACUUACCGUGGCGUAACAUCAGAGACCAUCAGUGGGAAAAGAUGUCAAGGCUGGAGCGCCAUGACUCCUCACACCCACAAAAAAACUCCACAGAACUUCCCUAGAGCGGACCUCAGGAGGAAUCUGUGCAGGAACCCUGAUGGAGACCGAGCUCCCUGGUGUUACACUACAGACCCCGCUGUCCGCUGGGAGUACUGCAACUUGGAGAAAUGCCCCACCUCAGGAGGUGCAACACCAACCCAACCUUCUAUUCCCCAGGUCCCCUCCAUCGCCACCCAGGGCCCACAACAGAGAGACUGUAAGAUUGGAAAUGGAGAUACAUACCGGGGUACAACCUCGAUCACCCUAACGGGCGUGACCUGCCAGGCCUGGAGUGCUCAGAGCCCUCAACAACACAACAGCUUCACCCCUCAAACUCACCCCACCAAGGGUCUGGAUGGCAAUAAAUGCAGAAACCCAGAUGGCGAUGUGAACGGACCGUGGUGCUACACUACUGACAGGAACAAGAAAUGGGACUACUGUCAGAUCCCCGACUGUGCUGGAAUGUCAUGUGGGACGCCAGCCACCAAACCGAAGCGUUGUUUUGGUCGGAUCGUGGGAGGCUGUGUGUCUAAAGCUUACUCGUGGCCCUGGCAAAUCAGCCUUCGCACCAACAUCGGAGCUCAUUUCUGUGGAGGAACUCUGAUUCACCCUCAGUGGGUCCUGACUGCUGCUCACUGCCUGGAGAGGUCCAAACGGCCUGCAGCCUACAAGGUGCUCCUGGGCAUCUACACGGAGAGAGCCAACGAGGUGUCGAAACAAGACAAGAACCUGGAGAAACUGAUCCUGGGACCCAACGGAGCCGACAUCGCUCUGCUCAAACUGAGCACCCCUGCACUAAUAAAUGACAAAGUCAUGCCAGUUUGUCUGCCAGACAAGGACUACAUUGUUCCGAGUGGAACCGAGUGUUACGUUACCGGAUGGGGUGAAACUCAAGGUACAGGAGGUGAAGGCGUCCUGAAGGAAACUGGUUUCCCCGUGAUCGAGAACAAGAUCUGUAAUCGUCCAUCGUACCUGAACGGCAGAGUCAAAGACCACGAGAUGUGUGCUGGAAACAUCGAAGGAGGAACAGACAGCUGCCAGGGUGACAGCGGCGGCCCUCUGGUGUGUAAUUCCCAGAACAGGUACGUCCUGCAGGGUGUGACAUCAUGGGGUCUGGGAUGCGCCAACGCCAUGAAGCCCGGCGUCUACGCUCGAGUCUCUAAGUUUGUCGACUGGAUCGAUACAACCAUCAAAACCAAUUAAAAAGAAACAGUCAGGAAGUGACUGUUCGUUGUGCUUUUUGAAGAUACUUUAACAUGUGUGUACUUCAACACGACUACUUAAGUUUGUAGCCUGGUGUGAUCUGAUGCCAACAGGUGUUUUGUUUCCUGUGGUGGAAACACAAUGAGCAGAUCAUGUUCCUGCUUAUGAAAUGUAAAGCUGUGUUUUCUGUAAGAGCUGAAAAAUAAAAUGUAACACAAAUGAA